CGGAAGAGCGCGGAGAACAUGGCAGACGGAGCUGUUGUGGAUGGAGAGAAACUCAGCAAAAAGACGUUCGCAUCAUGUUGACUCUGGUCAGAAUAUGCAGGCUGCAAGCGUUCAGGCCGCAGACGUUUGCUCUUCCCAGCUCACAAAACCUGCUUAUUGAAGGAAGUCGCUGGAGAAGUGGCAAAAGUGAGCUGAAAAGGCGCAUGAAAGCUGAAAAGAAAGCAGCUGAGAAGGAAACCAAGGUCAAAGAACAGCAGGAACAGAAGGAGAACAGUGACAAGUCACAGCAAAAUGCGUAUGGAGACGAUGAGGAAACCUUGGACCCAAAUCAAUACUUCAAGAUACGUUCACAAGCCAUUCAAGCCUUGAAGGGAACAGCUGAAGACCCAUACCCUCACAAAUACAACGUGGACUUGUCGCUUACCGAGUUCAUUGAACGAUACAACAGCCUUCAGCCAGGGGACCACUUGACAGAUGUUGUCCUCAGUUUGUCAGGUCGUAUCCACGCCAAGAGGGCUUCAGGUGCCAAGCUGCUGUUCUAUGACCUGCGAGGAGAGGGCGUCAAGCUGCAGGUCAUGGCCAACUCCAGGAGCUACAAAUCAGAAGAAGAUUUUGUGCACAUCAACAACAAAUUAAGGCGUGGGGACAUCAUUGGGGUCCGGGGGAACCCUGGCAAGACAAAGAAAGGCGAGUUGAGCAUCAUCCCGAUCGAGAUGACCCUGUUGUCCCCAUGCCUUCAUAUGCUUCCCCACCUUCACUUUGGCCUGAAAGACAAGGUAUAAU